GAAAUCUCCGCAUCUCACUCACUCACUCCAGCUCCAGCAGCUCAAAGAUGGCAACUUUUGCUCUGCUUUCAUCCGCCGCGCCCCAUAAAGCUCGACUCGUCGGAUGCAGCAGCAGCCACAGCGGUUUUACUGCUGCUGCAACCCCAAAGUUCGCGUCUUUUCCGAGCAAGAACAACAACAACAGGAGAAGAUCCUUGACGGUGGUUGCAGCCGUCGGAGAUGUCUCGCCUGACGGCACAGUCUACCUGCUCGUUGGCGCCGCCACCAUCGCCCUGCUAGGAACUGCCUUACCUGCAUUCUUCACCCGCAAAGACACGUGCCCGGAGUGCGAUGGAGCAGGUUUCAUUCGGAAGUCGGCGGGGACGUUGAGGGCAAAUGCUGCGAGGAAGGACUUGCCCCAGAUUGUUUGCCCCAACUGCAAUGGGCUCGGCAAGCUCAACCAAAUCGACAAAUAACCAAACUCCAUUGACUAAAAUUCUUGUAUAAGCUUCUCCUACUUCUUUCCUCCUCUCUGCCUACCAGUCAUUUUGUAUGAUUUCUGCAGACUAUUGUGUACAUUCAGAGCAAUUUCAGCUGCUUGUCUGUGUUUGAGUUGAAUUAGAAUGAAUAUAUAUAUGGAUUUUCUUCUCUGUUUUCCGAUAUAUAUUGGGAGAGGGAAACUCGGAUAGUGUGGUAGACAUGUAGUCAAACAAUGGAUCCUGAGAUUGCAAGACAAUGGGGCAUACUCCCAUGGUGACGACAGAUCCUGCCUCCAUAUUCCCUGCAAAUUGGCUACCUGGGUUUCUGGCCUGGAAAAAGAGAUGAGCAAAAUAUCGACCAAAAGCUCCCCCCAAGGAUGGAACUUCAUCAGUUUGGAAGGAUUUCACCCUAUCUGCAGUUGAUACUCCUGGAGCACUCGUGGAACCAUUAGAAAGCUGCAGUCAAACACCAUGAAAGAGACACUGAUGAUCUUCUACGUGCCGUGCUCUUGGAUCGUCAUAACCCAAAUUCUUAAGUGAAUUCAACGAGUUCCAGCAAUCUGGAGUGGGAUCCUUAUUGGAAUCAACAGGGCUAGUGGAAGGCCCCUUCGGACGAAGAUGAAGCCACCAGAACCAACAGUGUCCUAUCAGCUCCAUCAACUUUCAGCUUCCUGCUCUCCAAUAGACUUAUUACUGCUGUUCCACCAAUCUGUAACUCUAGCAUAGCAGUGAACUGAAUCCCCUUUGGAUUUCCCACGCAACUUCCUCCGAGUACAAUCUGAUUUUGGCCCUCUACAUGUGAGCUAUGCUUCAUCUUGCUGUCCAGGUAAAGAAUGAAUGAUAGGGACCCUGGUCUGCUUCCAAGCGCUUGAUAGACCUUCAAUGACGGUCAAGGAAGUAAUAAUGAACAACCAAAGUGUUCAAAGUUGAUAUUGAGCAUGAAAAUGCACUGACAGGGACUAACCCUGGUGCAGAAAAAGCAUAGGUUGAAACAAAUUAUUACUUGACAUGUGCAUGCUUACCAGAAAGGCAAGAAGAAGGGCAUCCUGGUUAAGGUUACAUAUUUUGGUUUCUUUCUUAGAACUCUCUUGGAGGC